AUGGAUGCUUCAAAUUCCCGAGAAUUGUACGAUCCGCUUCCUCCUCCGCCUCCGCCACCAGAUCUUUGGCAGCCGGCUGAGAAAACUUCAAUUGAACUGCGUGAUUAUUCAAGAGACCAGAACACACCUGUUCCAAUGGACAUUGCUACAACUCCUUCUCCAGUUCCUCCGCCUACUCGUAACUGUCAGAAAUCUGAAUACUCGAAAUUAUUCCGUGAAGUACAGGCAGCUGCGAAAAGGCGACCAGAACACCUUGGUGAAACUUGGAAAGAAAUUCGCGAGAAGACAAGGAUCGCCUGGACACGUUUGCUAGCUUUUGAAAGUAAGAAAAAAGGACUCGACUACUUGGAUGGCAUUGUCGAUAAGAAGAUAGAUAAGAAAUUCCCAAACUGGAGAGAUCCUAAUUUCAAACCUCCAGUAAGAAGCCGUUCUAGUUCAAGAGAGCCACGAAAAGAUGGUUCUGAUGGAGUCAUUCAAAAAGGAGAGUUUCGACGACACAGUGAGCUUUCGAGACGUGGUCCAAUAGCUCGAAGAUUGCCUUUUGCUCCCGCUCGUUACGUUUCAUCUUCAAAUCAACGGCAGGCACAAAAAGGACAGUAUCGUUCCCGUUCUCGGCAUCGUUUUUCAGCUGAUACCAGAAAAAACAAAAGAAAACCUACCGGAUACAAUUGA